AUGAGUUCCAAAAAAAUUGUCCAGUUUCCGGAUGUUUCGAAUAAGCUACAAGCUCCUACCAAGAAAUCAUUAUUCGAGAGGCAGAAAGCAGAUGCGGAAGCCAAGAGAUUAAGGGAAGAGGCAGAAACGAAGGCUGUAUAUGAGGAUUUUGUGAAGAGUUUCGAUGAUGAAGAUGAUGCGCCUGCAGCUGGGGUUGGUGGAAUGGGAGGGAUAGGUGGCAUGGUAGGAAAUAGACACUUUGGCAGAGGUGGUAUGGGUAGCGGAAUGGGAAGAGGGGGAUUUGGAGAAAGUCGAGGAGGGUUUGCACCACGAGGGGGAUCAGCGGUGGGUAGUGGCCCGGGAAGCUUAGGACCUUUACCAGGGAAUAUGAGUAGCAAUGCUUUACCAAAGAAAAGAACAUACGAAGGAUUCGCACAAAACUCCUCGCGAAAAGACGACAGAGGAUUACUUGCAUUCGACGACUACAGUCAUGAUGGGCCUGCAACGAAAGCCCUCAAGACAUUCGGUCACGAAGAAGAGAACAUGGAAUCCAGCAGAGUUGAAGAGAGAGCUGUCGCCAAACCCACCUUACGAUUGGCAUCUCUACCCCCUGGAACCUCGCCUGCCGUCAUCAAAGCUUUACUUCCCACUAAUUUGACAGUCGAUGCUGUCAGGAUUAUACCACCUUCUGGGCCGGCGUCAUUUUCGGAAAGGAAAUAUAUGUCAGCCAUUGUCACAUUGGCCAAAGACACACCUGCGAACGACAUUGACACGGCUGUUAAUGUGUUACAAAACAAAUACUUGGGUUAUGGAUAUUAUUUGAAUUUGCAUAGAUAUUUGUCGUCAGCAGCUAUUUCGAGUUCUGCACAGGUCUCUAAUAUUGGGGGUGCUAUGACCUCACAGCCUUUUGGUGCGAAACCAGUCAAUCCACCAGCAGCUCGCGGAGGUCCGCCACCUCAUAGAGGAGGGUUUGCACCUCCAACAUCCUAUAACAAUACACCUCAACUCAGCCGAUCCACCCUUUUCGUUCCUGUUCAGCCGCCACAGGAUAUCAAGGAAUUGAAACUCAUACAUAAAACAAUCGAAUCACUCCUCACACAUGGACCUGAAUUUGAAGCACUCCUUAUGUCACGCGCUUCAGUUCAGCGAGAAGAAAAGUGGGCAUGGUUAUGGGAUUCAAGGAGCACAGGUGGUGUUUGGUAUCGAUGGCGACUAUGGGAAGUGUUGACUGGUUCGCAAUCUAAAAGAGGGCAAGGAAAAUAUCUUCCAUUAUUCGAAGGCUCUUCGGCAUGGAAGCAACCCGAUCAACCCUUGGCAUACGAAUACACCACCCGCCUAGAUGAAUUCGUUUCGGAAUCUGAAUACAAUUCCUCGGAUGAAGAUGAUUCUGGCGACGAAGGCGCUCGACGUCCUCCCAUUGAUCCCGUUACAUUAAACGAAGAUGGAAAAGCAUAUCUAAACCCUCUCGAAAAGGCUAAACUCACACACCUUCUAUCCCGGUUACCUACUAGCACAGGCAGACUACGAAAAGGCGACGUAGCACGGGUCACCGCAUUUGCAAUCUCUCAUGCAGGUCGAGGCGCCGAUGAAGUUGUGUCUACAAUCGUGUCCAAUGUCGAGAAGCCCUUCGCCUACACAUCCGCAAACCCGGAUCGCAAAAAAGAAAAAGAGAAAGACACUAGCGGUGACGAUAACGAAGAUAGUGCCGAGGAAGAAGAUACUAGUUCUGCGUCGCUCAUUGGGUUAUAUAUCAUAUCUGAUAUUCUAUCAAGUAGUUCUACGAGUGGUGUUAGACAUGCAUGGCGCUAUCGACAAUUUUUUGAGCAGGAAAUGAGGAGGAGGAAGACGUUUGAGGGGCUUGGGAGAAUGGAACGAAAGAUGAAAUGGGGGAGGCUGAGAGCAGAGAAGUGGAAGCGAAGUGUAGGGAAUGUGUUGGGCUUGUGGGAAGGUUGGUGUGUAUUCCCACAGCAAAGCCAAGACGAGUUCGGAAAAGUAUUUAAAGAACCACCUUUAUCGGUUGAGGAAUUAAAGGAGCUAGGGGAAAAAGCCAAGGAAGAGAAGAACAAAGAGAAGAGUAAAUGGAAGGCUGUUGAGGUAGCGCCGAAGGAGAAAAUUCAGGAGGAACAUAAUGAUGAUGAGGAUGAGGAUUUGGAUGACGAACCGAUGGUGGAAGAUGAUGAGGAUGUAGACGGUGUGCCAAUGGAGGAGGAGGAGGAGGGAGAGGAAGAUAUGGAUGGAGAACCAAUGGCUGACGAUGAACCGAUGGCGGAUAGUGAUGCUGGAGUCAAUCUGUAUGGAGAGCCCAUGCAAGUACAAGAGGACGAGGGGGAUUCUUAUGAACCUCCUGCAGCAGUGGAAACGUCACAGGCACCGGCAACAAUAAUAGAAGAGUCCGCCCCGUCAAGAAGAGCAAGACCGAAAGCAGUGGAUAUGUUUGCGGAUUCGGACGAUGAGGAUUAG